GUAGUGAAGUGACAGCGGGGUGAAAAAAUGGCAGCAUUUAUUUUCAUCAGUAAAAAUUGUGCAAAAAAUAAACAUUUUACCCAAACGUUUCGUCAAGGAUUUAAUUCGAUCAAUCGCAAAUCGAACGGACAAAAGUUCAACGAACUAUCGGCGAGGAUCUUUUCCACAUCGCAUGCGUUAGAUGCUGUCAGUAAACGCAAUGAAAGUCAACCAUCGAAACCGGUUCUGGGCACAAACAUUUUCGGGAACAUUUUCGCGAAGAGAAAGCCAAUUCGUUCAGGUCAAGGACAGCCUGUACGAUACUGUUUUCAUCCAGGAGCAUCCACAGACACAGGUGACACAUUCGGAGUGGCCGGUGCACCGGACAUAUCUUCCAAGGACAUGCUAACGGCCAUGAUGUCAUACAUUUGGCCCAAAGACGAUGCAAUGAUUCGGAAACGGGUUGUUCUGUCGCUGAGCUUAUUGAUUGCGUCGAAGGUGGCAAAUGUCGGUGUACCGUUUCUGUUCAAAGCGGCCGUUGACGGACUGAACGUAUUGAGUAUGGCUACGGCGCCGGAAGCUGUGCUGGCCAGUACCGUUUCGCUGGUGAUUGGUUACGGUAUUGCUCGGUCGGGAGCGGCAGCGUUCAACGAAAUACGGAACGCCGUUUUCGCCAAAGUUGCCCAUCAUUCCAUACGGAAAAUUGCGACCAAUGUGUUCAUGCAUCUGCACAAUCUGGAUUUGGCGUUUCAUUUAAAUCGGCAAACGGGCGCGUUGUCUAAGACAAUCGAUCGAGGAUCUCGAGGAAUCAAUUUCGUAUUAACGGCCAUGGUCUUCAAUGUUGUCCCAACGAUUUUUGAGCUGGCGCUCGUCUCAAGUAUUCUUGGAAUUAAGUGUGGAUUAGCUUUCGCUGGCGUUUCAAUGGGCUGUGUCGGAGUAUAUGCAGCGUACACAUUGACCGUGACCCAGUGGCGAACCAAAUUCCGUGUGUUCAUGAAUCGAGCCGAAAAUGACGCUGGAAACAAGGCCAUCGAUUCGCUUAUCAAUUACGAAACCGUCAAAUAUUUCAACAACGAGAAGUACGAGGCCGAACGAUACGACAACGUGCUGAAGAGCUACGAACAGGCGAGCCUUAAAACGUCGUCCAGUCUGGCGCUGCUCAACUGGGGACAGAAUGCAAUUUUCAGUGUUGCUCUCAGCACGAUAAUGGUGCUGGCCGCUCAGGAAAUCGUUAAGGGAAACAUGACCGUCGGUGACUUGGUCAUGGUUAAUGGAUUGCUGUUCCAAUUGUCCAUUCCGCUGGGUUUCUUGGGAAGCGUUUACCGGGAAGUCAGACAGGCUCUGCUGGAUAUGAAGAGUAUGUUCGUUUUGAUGAGCAUUGAGUCGAACGUUCGAAACAAAAUCGACUGUCCACACCUGGCGGUUGAUCGAAGCAAUUCAACGAUUGAAUUCAGGAACGUUGCUUUUCAGUACGAAACGGGUAAGCCGAUUUUCACGGACCUCAAUUUCACAAUCCCGGCCGGUAAAAAGAUUGCAUUCGUUGGCGGCUCGGGAUCAGGUAAAUCUUCGAUGAUCCGGCUGCUGUACAGAUUCUUCGAGCCACAGUCCGGUUCGAUUUUGAUUGGCGGUCAGAACAUAAACGAUGUCGACAUCGAUAGCCUACGCAAAUCGAUUGCGAUUGUACCGCAAGAUUCGGUUCUGUUCCACAACACGAUCAAGUACAACAUCAACUACGGCAAUUUGAGCAAAAGUCAGGCUGAUGUGGAGAAGGCUGCAAAGAUGGCUGACAUACACGAUAGUAUUUUGAACUGGCCGAACGGAUACGAUACGCAGGUCGGUGAACGUGGCCUAAAACUGUCCGGCGGAGAGAAGCAACGCGUUGCCAUCGCCAGAGCUAUUCUAAAGAACACUCCAAUUUUGGUGUUCGAUGAAGCGACUAGCAGCUUGGAUUCGAUCACGGAACAUAAUAUUCUUCAAGCUCUGAUGCGAGCCACCGAAGGACGUACGAGCAUUUGCAUAGCACAUCGACUGUCGACGGUCAUGGAUGCCGAUGAAAUUUUGGUGCUGGAGAAUGGGAAAAUUGCUGAACGAGGUACACACAGCGAGUUGCUGCCGAAAGGUGGACUCUAUUCAAAGUUAUGGUCGACGCAAAAUAAAUUGUAGACGAGACGCAACGGAUGGAGGGCAGGGGCUGUUGUUAUUUACUAUUUAGGCUGUACCUUUUAACCGUUGUUUUUAACGUUCUUUUGAAGGAUUCACCGUAUUUGAAAGAAUUUUUCUUUUUAAUUAAUUGUUAAAAUCGUUCGUAGACAGAAUUGUUGUUACGAUGUAUACACACACCACACCUACCUACGCAUAGUAUAUAAUAAGAUAAAUGAUGAAGAGACUAUUUUUGUAAAUUGACGUGUCCUAUACUGUAAAUAAAUAAGUUUUAAGACCACA